UUGCGUUUUAGUACUUCAGCUUAUUUUAAUGUUUGUAAUAAGUUUUUAACCUAACAUUUAUAUUUUAUUUUGCUUUAUUUUAAUUAACGAAAACCUUUUUUUACAUACUUUUAGUUAACAAAUAACAACACUGUUUGACAUUUUUUCUGAAGCUCUAGAAGAUUACUGAGGUCUUUUUCUCAGGAGAAACAUCUAAACAGACACCUGAGCAUUUGAUAUCAUUGAAGAUAUUUUAAAGAGAUCUCCUUUUCUUUCCUGUGUGUAUGUUAAGACCAUCAAUCUGACCAUCGAUUAUGCUGUCGUCUGUGGAUAAACUCGUCGCCUGGGUGCUGACGGGCUUCUUGGCAAUUCUCACCAUCUUCUUCAACAUGUACCUGCUUCUGGUCAACCACAGAAGCUACCGGAAGAAGCACAAGCUCAACCCUGCCGACUUUAUCAUCACGGCCAUCGCCCUGGCCAGCAUCUCCCAGCAGGUUCUCACUUACUUAUGGCAGACGAUGGACGUGAUCGACACCGUGUGCCGAAUCAGCUUGACGGAGGCCAUCCUGUUGGUGCUCAUCUUCAGCCUGAAGCUCAUCAUAUUCUGGAGCACGGCGUUCCUGACCUUCUACUACGGCACUAAGCUGGUGGUGGAGCCCGUCCACUGCUACACGCGCAUCCAGGAGGCCAUCGUCAAGCACGUUCACACCGCCCUGGCUGUGAUCUUUGUGAGCGGCUUCGCCAAUUGUGUUCCCUUGCUGAGCGUUCUCACUUAUUACAAUGGCACCGCCACCGAACUGGGUGACUGCGGGUCUAUCAUGCCCAGCGAUACGACCGGGCUCGCCUACGUCUUCUACUACGUGAUCAUCUCCGACAUCGUUCCAGGCAUCGUGAUGGUCAAAUGCAGCAUUUCGAUCUCAUACCACUUGGCAAAACAUCUUCUGGACAUGAAGGCCAGCAGCAAUGGCGCCCACGGGCCCAAGCUAGGCACGCAGAUGCGGGUCAUCAAGAUGACCCUGAGCCUGGUGGUUGUGUACAUUUGCUUUGUGGCCGUGGACAUCUACACGCAGAUGACGGUGGUGCUGUUGAGGCAGAACACACUCGCACUGACCAUUCUCUUCGCCAGCAUCUACACCACAGUCAGCGCGUUCGUGCUGGUUUACGGUAAAAAAAGCUACUGGAAGGAACUGAUCGCCUCCUAUAACCUCUUUUUAGAUGAGUACCCUUGUUUCAGCAGAAUGAAGGUCGAAGAGGUCAAAACAGAACCGCACGAGCACAGCCAUGGGCACUAA